GCUUUCAGAUCGUCGAGAUCGAAACCCAAGUCGGGCCGCGACCUUUCAGGCCAUUUUCCGUCCAAACCACGAGGAGUUAUCUGUUGAGAAAGUUUCAGAUAUUUGCAAAUUACUUACCAUACUUGUUGGAAAUCCAUAGCAGCAAAAAUGGCUGGACCUUUUAUCAGCGAUGAGGCUUCUCUCUCUGCUUCAGUCCAGCUGCUUUGCAAAAGGAUUGAUUCGUGUGAAUUGGGUUACUCGUUCGGGCCAACCAAACUUGAUAAGUCACUUGUGAAUAAACUCAAGUUGGCGCUGCUGACCCUCGAUGCAGUGCUCGACGAAGCACAUGAGAAGGAAUUUCGAGACGCUUCUGUAGCAAACUGGCUUGACGAGUUCAGAAAAGCAGUCUCUGAUACGAAGGCCCUACUGGAUGAGAUCGAUGUGUCCCGGAAUAAGAUGGAAGCAGAAGAUCAGUCCACGAUUAAAACCCCCGUGAACAUCCUCUCUGAUUCUUUUCAACGCGUGGAUAGAGAGAUAGCCGAGUUAUCUAAGAGACUAGAAUUCCUUGCAAACAAAAAAGAUGUGCUCGGUCUUGGAAAAGGUCUUCGCAAGGUUUCACAAGCACCAACAACUUCCUUGGUUGAUGAAUCACGUAUAUAUGGUAGAGAACAAGACAAAGAAAAGUUAAUUAAGCUAUUGAUAUCUGCCGACGAUGGAAGCAGUAAUAAUGUAUCUGUCAUCACCAUCGAAGGAAUGGUCGGGAUUGGUAAGACAACCCUUGCUCAACUAAUUUACAAUGAUGAAAAUGUGGCACAGUGCUUUGAUCUUCGAGCUUGGGUUUAUGUUUCUGAAGAUUUCGAUGCUACGAGAGUCACUAAAACCAUUCUUGAGUUGGUCACUGCAACUGUUUGUGAUAUUAACGAUCUAAAUUUCAUGCAAGCCAAUCUCAAAGACCGAGUGAUGGGAAAGAAAUUUUUAUUUAUAUUGGAUGACCUUUGCAAUGAGAAUUAUCAUGUCUGGAAGCUCCUGCAAGCUCCCUUUCAGUACGGGGCCAAGGGAAGCAAGGUCGUGAUAACAACACGGAACACAACAGUUGCAUCAAUUGUCCGCAAUCUUCCUACUUACUGUUUGCAACCGCUAUCUGGUGAAGCUACUUGGCUUUUAAUUCUACAACAUGCUUUGGGAAACAGAGACCCCAUUUCACACCGAAACGUUGAAAAACUUGACAAGGAAACUGCAGUGCGUAAGUGCCAUGGUUUGCCUAUAAUUGCAAAAACACUUGGGGGUCUCUUAAGGCACACUGUUUUUGAGGAAUGGCACCGCAUAUUAAAUAGCAACUUUUGGGAGCUACCCUCGAUUGCUCGUGAUCUUCCAACUUGCUUACUACAAUACAUGAGGCAAAGGGGACGCGAAUCACAUAACAUUGGCCACUCUACUAGGACGAAGCAGGCCAAUUCAGCAGAAUGGAUCUUUUUGGUCACCAGCCUCUGCUUAGAAAUUGUAUCAGCUGCUUGUGAUCAGGCUUCCUCGCCAAGCAAGCUCGGUUAUGCACUUUCUGUUAUGCUCUUGGCUAUUGCAGCUGUACUCAUUUGCAUAUGGGAGCUCAUUCACAAAGGGAGAGAAGAAAACUUUGUGCGGAGGAAGCAGCAGGGGAUACGGUCAUGGAUUUACUACAUGCUUUUGGGUUCUCUCCCUAAUAUUUACGGCUUACUUGGUGGUAUCACUCAGUUUGUUUUUUAAACAGUUCAAUAUGCUUACUUAAUCCAGCGUGCUGAAACUCCGAUCAAAAUGUCCCUUUUGCCUACUGUCUUUCUUAUAUGUUUGAUUACUAUGAGAUUAAGCAGGAAACGAAUGCAGACCGUAGAUAAGACUGCUAAACAUACAGCAUAGGCAAAGAAUGGCUUCGAGCAAAUAGAAAGGAUGGAUUCUUUGGAAAAACGUAUAUCCAGGCAUGUGGAUAUAGUUAUUUGUCCAUUUUGGGGUGAAGUUUCGUGUUCUGUUUUGAUUGUGCCUAUUUUGUGUUGUAAAACUUUUAUAUUGUAAUGUGCUGAUAAGAUUCAUCUGUAAAAUCUUCCAAGAUUCCAUGGAACUCUGUUCUUUGGUUCAUAGCGUUCAACGUCAAA